UCCGCUUGCCUGCGCGUAGAUUCCAGUGUGAUGACGUGGAGGAGCAGCAGUCCUGGAUCAGUGCUCUGCAGUCGGCCAUCCUCUGCGGACUGGCGGAUAUGGCGGCAGCCGGAGGUCCUGGCUCUGAGAAUUCCGGUGGAGCAGCCAGUCGCAGCAAGGAGAUACUGGAGGCUAUGUACCGGGAGCCGGCAAACCGGUUGUGUGCCGAUUGUGGAGCAAGUGACCCGACGUGGGCAUCGUGCAACCUCCUCGUUACUGUCUGCAUAGAGUGUUCAGGUAUUCAUCGAUCACUUGGUGUUGAAGUGUCUAAAGUACGCUCGGUCGAACUCGAUGUCAACAUGUGGCAGAGCGAUCUCGUCGAGCUUUACACUAUUAUCGGCAACAGUGUAGCAAACAACUUCUGGAUGACACAUUGCCGUUCUUCUCCUAUUGACGAGGAAUCUGAGAUGAUCAUCCGUGACAGUUACAUUCGCUCCAAGUAUGCCGGUGCUUGGGUCAAUCGCCAUCCGAAGUGGGACGAUAAAGAUGCAUUAUCUAUGGAGUUAAUAGGAGUGGUGGAGCAGGAAGACAUCCUUGCCAGUUAUAAGCUACUGGUUGCCGGAGCAUCGCCCAGUUUCGUUGACCCGGAUCGGCCGGACUCUCUAAGCUGUGCAGCGGCUGUAGCACAGCAAACCGGCAAUGGUCCGCUCAUUGAGCUAGUCUCUCAGUUCACCGUGGCCUCGGCCAUUUCAUCACCGGAAUUAGUAGAUUCCGCGAUGAAGUCUAGCCGCGGUAGCGUUGUGGAUGAUGAGACCGCUAUGGCUUGUAAUGGUGCACUGCAUAUGACUGGAAUUUGUGAUAGAGCAUUCAAGCCACGUCAUUGUGAGCUAGGCGCAGGCGCACUUCGGGCGUUCAAAUCCGAUUCGGAACGCACUCUCAUGGCGUCCAUCUACUACGAAGAUAUGUCAGCCGCCAGCUGUGGUGAAGAUGCGCUGUACGCACGCACUGACGAUCAUCCGUUUGUAUUUACCGUAUCGACAACUUUCGACCAAACAUAUUGCUUUUCGGCCACAUCUGAUACAGAAGCAUCCAGAUGGGCAACAGCGUGCCGUGAUGUAAUUGCAACGAUGGAGGAGAGAGGCGUAACGCAGGUAUGUCAUUCAUCUGGCCGCGCUACAUGUUUGUGUAUUGGGAUUUGCAAAGCGCGGUCGUGACGAUCCUUCGGUUCAGG